AUGGGGGAGACUAGGGAGUCCUUGGUAUCAAAUAGUUCGGGCUUCAAGAGGUCAUUGAGAAAGAAAAACGGUGUAAGGAAUUAUGAUGAGAAUUUGAUGGAUGAGUAUAUAGAGAGCCAUUUGGGUGCUUCUUUGAGGAAAAAGAACAGAACACAGGAGGAUUUGGAGAAAGAAACAGAGAUUGAGGCCAUGAUAGCACUAUCUUUGGGAUUCCCAAUAGAUGAGUUACUACGCGAGGAAAUUGAGGCUGGAGUUGUGAGUACAUUGGGCGGAAAAGAACAAAAUGAUUAUAUUGUUGUGAGAAACCACAUACUUACGAAGUGGAGGGACAAUGUUAGGUCAUGGCUUUCAAAAGGGCAAAUAAAAGAAAGUGUGAGUAAUGAGUAUGCACAGUUGAUAAAUGCGGCUUAUGACUUUCUUUUAAAUAAUGGAUACAUAAAUUUUGGGGUUUCACCAGCGUUUGAGUCUCAGAAUCCUCAUGAAGCCAUACAAGGGUCUGUAAUAAUUGUUGGCGCUGGACUCUCUGGGUUGGCAGCAGCAAGGCAGCUGAUGUCUUUUGGUUUCAAAGUGAUGGUCCUUGAAGGUAGGAACCGACCGGGGGGAAGAGUUUAUACUCAAAAGAUGGGUCAAAAGGGUAAUUACGCUGCUGUUGAUCUUGGUGGCAGUGUUAUAACUGGUAUCCAUGCCAACCCUUUGGGGGUUUUGGCUAGGCAACUGUCCAUUCCUCUUCAUAAGGUUAGAGAUAAAUGCCCGCUGUACAAGCCUGACGGAACACCUGUUGACAAAGAAAUUGAUUCCAAAAUUGAGCUCAUUUUCAAUAAGAUGCUUGACAAAGUCACUCAAUUGAGAGAAUUUAUGGGUGGAUUUGGUAGCGAUAUUUCUUUAGGUUCAGUUUUGCAGACACUUAAACUAUUAUAUUCUGUGGCUAGAAGUGACGAGGAAAAGCAACUUCUUGAUUGGCAUUUUGCUAACUUGGAAUAUGCCAAUGCUGGAAACCUCGUGAACCUUUCAGCUGCUUAUUGGGAUCAGGAUGACCCUUAUGAGAUGGGAGGAGAUCACUGCUUUCUUGCAGGUGGAAACGGGAAAUUAAUUAGAGCAUUAUGUGAGGGAAUUCCUAUCUUGUAUGAAAAGAAAGUUCAGACCAUUAUAUAUGGUGAUGAAGGAGUUGAGGUCAUUUCCGGAAACCAAGUGUUUCAAGCAGAUAUGGUCCUGUGCACUGUUCCUCUUGGGGUCCUUAAAAAGAGAACUAUCAUCUUUGAACCAGAGUUACCUGAAAAGAAGCUUGCAGCAAUAGAAAGACUGGGAUUUGGGUUGCUCAAUAAGGUUGCCAUGGUAUUCCCUUAUGUAUUCUGGGGGGAGGACAUGGAUACAUUUGGAUGUCUUAGCAAACUGAGUUACAAGCGGGGAGAAUUCUUUCUGUUCUACAGUUACCAUACUGUUUCUGGGGGUCCUGUCCUGGUUGCACUGGUGGCUGGGGAAGCUGCACAAUCUUUUGAAUAUGCAGACCCCUCUGCCUCUCUUCACCAGGUUUUGGGUAUUCUCAAAGGCAUAUAUGGUCCAAAGGGAAUUGACGUGCCUAAUCCUUUACAAUCCAUAUGUACAAGAUGGGGAACUGAUCCUUUUUCUUUUGGCUCAUAUUCACAUGUCAGAGUGAAGUCAUCUGGCAACGAUUAUGACAUACUUGCAGAAAGUGUGGGAAGCCGUUUGUUUUUUGCUGGUGAGGCCACAAUUAGGCAACACCCUGCCACCAUGCAUGGUGCCUAUCUCAGUGGUCUACGAGAAGCUUCACGCAUACUCCGAGCUUCAAGGGCACAGCAAAAUAAUCCUAUGAAGUGCAUACAGAGGAAUAUUGGACCCAGCGAUGAUACUUUAUUGGAUCUAUACAAGAAACCUGAUCUAGCAUUUGGGAAAUUUUAUUUUGUCUUUGAUCCUUUGUCCCAGGACCCAAAAUCGUUCGGGAUUAUGAGAGUGUCUUUAGGGAAGUCCUGCAGGGAAUGCAGUAUUGAACACUGUAGUUUGGAGAAAAGAGAAGAUAACUGUCAACAUUUGCUAAAUGAACCACUUCAGCUUUAUACAGUAAUAUCUCGCGAACAGGCACUAGAGUUGCAGCAGGUGGCUGGAGGAAGCAAAAAUCAAAUGUCGUACUUGUUCAAAAAUCUCGGCCUGAGGCUAGUGGGCGCCAAUGGAUUAGGACUUUUGGGCAACUCCGUGAUAUCUAACAUUGUUAGUGCACGAAGAGGCAGAAGUCGGUUCCGCAUGUCUUCUAUACAGCAAAAUGCCGUAUAG